AUGUUGCAAACACUCAGUACCCAAUAUGCUCAAAUUCAGCUGCUGGAGCCCGUAUAUGACAAGGAAAGUUUGGAUCCUUGUGUAACUCGCGUUUACACUCUUGGAAUACAGUUCCUACAGGAUGCGGCCCGAUAUUACGGCUUCAAGUCCUACAGAAGGUUCUGGCACAUCCUGGCUAAACCUCCAAAUGUUGACCUUCAAGACAGAGUGCUUUCCAUCAAGAAUGCAAUUUCUGACCUUCAGAAUCAGCGAGGAAUUCAGGACAGCAUCAGGUUAGGCGCAAUAGACAUGAAAGUCAACGUACUUGUCGAGGGCCAACUUCUAGAAUUGAGUCAACUACUUGAAACAGUAGACGAAGAUCUCUUUGCCCGUCUCCGGGACUAUGAGAACGCACUGGAAACAUUCGAAAGGAUAAAAAGGCUGGAACCUUUCGACUUCAGCAACAAGCUGCUCAGUAACGAAGCCUUUGGUCGUUGGAAGGCUGAGACCAAUUCCAGUUUUCUGGUCAUCAGGGGAAAAACAGUUGCACCAUACAAUACCUCGCUGAGUUGGGUUUCACCAGCAGCGACUGGUUUCAUUCGUCAACACGAGGGUCUUUCACCAUGCGCAACUUCGCACACCCCGAGCUCAGGAAACCAGAGGGAUGAGUGCCUCCUCUUCUAUUGCUGUCAAGAUGCUAGGGCGGAUCUCCAAGAUCCAGCCAUGCCUCUCCUCCCAUCAACCGUCGUCUCUAGUCUCAUAUAUCAACUUCUCAGAACCACAAAGGCUAAGGCAAUUCUCAACGAUUCCAAUCAGUUCCGCCAGUUGAAGUUCGACAUCCAAAAGUCUGGAAGCAAAGCAAACAACGAUGACCACCGAUCUCGGCUUUUUCAACUACACGACAUUUUCCAUACAUUGUUGGGCAAGUUGUCAUUCAACAAAGUAUACUUGGUCCUGGAUCGACCAGACUGCAUGCGAGGUCAUGAUACAGCUUUGGGCCUGUUGCUGAAGCUAAUGGAAACAUUUCCGAGAGGGCUGAAGAUCCUCGUCGUCGGUCCGAAAAUCAGCCCUGAGUUUCUAGAUGACAGUCGUGAGAAGCGGGCUUUUCUUGAGCUGGUGUUCGAUCAAGACUCUUGA